UCGUCGGGUCUCGCACCUUAUUUCCCCGUGCUUUCCAGGGAAUUUCUUGCGCACUGCACUCCAUUUCUUGGGCGUGUUAAUUAAUUUAUCGCAUUUCAUUAUUUAUCAUCAUCUUGCAGAGCUUAGAAUCGUCUUUUACGAGUUGCUCUUGAAUACGGUACUGAAGAUUCAGGAUGACCCAAUUAUGUAGCAGUGGACAAGAGAUUGCAUCUCUUGUGGCCAGCUCCGGUCUUCUCUCCUCUUCAUGGAAUCUCAUCGGCGACCUGAACCCAACCCAUCCGAACGAGAAUCUAUUCUGGAAAAAGCUUGUCAAUGGAUCAGAUUUGACAAUUAUAGCGUUUGGGACUACCCAGAAGCAUGUUGAACCUGAUUUGCUUCCUUCUUCGAACAUCACUCCUAACCCCUUCGAAUUUCUCCGUCCCAGAAACAACCCCAACUUCUACUUCUCUCUUAAUCGGUCUGUAAUGUCCCUCUUCAAUGGUUAUCUCCCGAUGCUUCAUCAACUAAAAAGCGAGAUCGAUCUCCGAAAACCGGUGAUAGUCACUGGGCAUGCCGUUGGAGGAUCGAUUGCUUCUCUUUUCACUCUAUGGCUGAUAGAAAAGAUGCGGCCAAUAUCAGACAAGCGUCCGCUCUGCAUCACCUUUGGUUCCCCACUUGUUGGAGACCAGCACCUGCAAGAAGCCAUAUCUCGAAGCACCAGCUGGAACUCUUGCUUUCUUCAUGUAGCCUCUCACCGGGACCCACUGCCUUCCUCUUUCAUUUCCGAUGGUUCCUACAGGCCCUUUGGAACAUUCCUCUUGUGUUCUGAUCACGGUUCUACUUGUUCUGAGAACCCUGAUUCUAUUUUGAGGCUUCUCAAGGAAAUGAGUCCCCCGGAUCAAGGAUUGUUGCAAAUUCAAGGAUAUGGAGAUAUUGUCCAGAUGCUCAAUAGCAAGGCAAUUUUCAAGGACUCUGGCGUUCCCAACACUGCUCGUCAGAAUUUACUACAGGCAAGUCUUGCUUUGCAGUUGCAGACGCUGGGAUUUUCAGAUCCACCAUUGUUGCAGAAUCUGGUGAAAGAUUUGGAGAGGCAGGAGCUGCUGUUGAUUCUGAAAAAGAGGGAACAGUUUAUCCCGCACAAGAAGCUGGAUGAAAUGAAAAAAUAUAUGGCUCGACUGGAAUGGUACAAGAAAACAUCGAAGAAUCGAAAAACAGGGUACUAUGACAGGUACAAGAACGAUUGGUCUCCAACUGACCAGGACGUUGUCAUGUUUGUGAAAAUCCUCAACAAUUACUGGAAAGAUAUAGUAGAAGAGGUAGACAAGCAGCCCCAGAAAGAAAGUGUAGUUUUUCGUACUCGAUGGCUCUACGCUGGGACCAAUUACAGGAGAAUGGUGGAACCAUUGGACAUAGCUCAGUACUACAAGGAGGGAGGACAUGACUACAUAAAUAAAGGAAGACCCGAGCGUUAUAGACAGCUACAGAAGUGGCAGGAAGAAGACAGGAAACCGGAGCCGAUAAACAGGAAGAACGUGCAAUCUAUACUGACAAUGGAUUCUUGCUUCUGGGCACAUGUGGAAGAGGCUCUCAUUUCGUUGCAAAAAUUGAAGAUGAUUGCAGGAUCGAAUGAUGCAGAGAAGCAAGAGGAGAUGAACAGGUUGGAGGAGUUCGAGGGGUACGUUUAUGGGUUGCUAAAGAAUUACUCAGUGUCACCGGAGAUUUUCUUGGAGAAGAGUAGCUAUAUGCGUUGGUGGCAUGACUACAUCAGUAUCAUGGGAGCUUCACAUGUCUCCCAGCUUGCCAAGUUCAUGAAGAAUAACGUUGGCAUGUAUGAGAAGGGUGAGUAUGAAUUCCCCCGCGAGUAACCGUGCUUUCUAUAUCCGGACAUUCUACGCAUGUGCAACUUCAAAAUAAAUUAAUGUUAGUUCAUUUCCCUUGAACUUGUGAUGUAUAUUUCUGUUGGUGGUCAUGAGUGAGACUGAGGAAUGCCGCUGCCUGUUUUUGUUGAGUAAUUCCAAGCCCAGCCAAAAUGUUUGGUCAUGUUAUGAAGUAGUUGUGUUAACUUGUACGUAGUUCAGCGCGUGUGCAGAAGGUAAGAGGUAUUACAGAGAUUUAAUAUACUGUCUUCUCUUCAGAGAGAUUUCAGUUUUAAAUUCUGAUGUGAACUGAUAGAAAGAAGGACAAUUCACAAUUAUGUUUUUGGAA